AUGGCAAACCGCAACUCCCUCCCCUACAAGCUCACAACUAUCUCGAAAGAGAAGUUGACCCGGGAAGCUACUGCUCCCGACCCCGAUCUGCGUCGAUGUGUGGCCCAUUUCAGAUUACAUUGUGGCUCUGUUCUGUGGACGGAGAACGAUAUGAAAUCUCGCAUGAGUGCUUUUGAAUUUGAGGAAACCGACAGCGAGGCAGAGUCAGAAGACGAGCCCGAUAGCCACGACCAGGCGGACGAAAAGCCUCGGGACACCGCCAUUGUCACUGUGCAGGUCACAGAGUCUGACAAGAAGCAUCAGUCUGCCCCAUUACCAGAACACACUCCUAUCAAAAGGAAUCAUGACUCCAAGGACAACUUCUGUUCAGUCACCGUUCAACCAAUCGCUGCUUAA